UUUCACAGACGCUAAUUUAUUUUUAAUAUUUUCCUAUCUUAUUACCUUUAAUUUUUAAAAUAAACAUUACCUGAUGGAUUAACCGUAAUAAAAUUUGCAAAUUAAUUACCUGAUGUAAUUAAUAGUUAAGUAAAGUGGUAGAGAAAUUGCUAUUGGAUUGUCAGUAAAUGGCGGGCAGUGUGACAUUAAACAACACAAAAGAAAAAAAUAAGCAAGUGUCAAAUAAAUGCAACGUUACAAAAUAAAACAAAACAUUAAAUAAGAACAAGCAGCAAGCAAUUUUUAAAUUAACAAAAUAAAGUGAUUUUUAAAGAGUUUGUUUAAAAGAAAAUAUUAAAAUUAAUAAAGAAAGGAGGGAGUAAUUAUAAAUGGAACAUUGGAAGCGUUGAGAAGAUACUUUAAAGUUUAAUUCAAAUUACUUUCAAACGUUUUUACAAACUAGCGCGCUUUGUUGCUGUUUGUUGUUGUUUUAUUUUUAUAAGUGAACUGUCAAAAAAUUUGUAUGAAUGAAUGGGUUUUUGUUGUUUUUUGGGAGAAUAAGCGAAAGAGAAAAGAGCACAACUAAUUUUUUCCACAAGAGGAAUGUAAUUUUUGUUCAUAAUUUCAAAAAGAACAUACAAUUUUUUCAUCGUCUUACUUGCAAUUUAGUACUUACUCCACAUUUGUUGAAAAAAAUUUGGAGGAAACACAACGUUUUAUUAGAGGAGUUCCUGAAAAGUAUUGGGAAUUACAACAUUUUUAAAAAUAUUAAAGUGACAAAACAAUUUUUUAAAUUGUGUUUAAUUUAAGCAAAUAAUAUCUUAAAUUAGACAACAGCAUAGUUUAAAAAUAAGCUGAUAACAACUAAAAUACUGGAGAAAUAGUUAAAAUCUAAUUUCUUGCUAAAUUAAUACGAAAAAAAGCCAACAGCCAGCAGCACUAGUAAGAAGACAAUUGCAGCAUGUCAUCUUCAACGGCUCCCAUUAUUGCAAGUUCUACUACUAGUACGACCAUGAGUUUGGCAUCCCGUGAAAUGACUGAUAAUCAUCGUUUGUUUCAAUUUUAUUUGGAAAGUUUCUUUAAAAUACCCAAAGACAUUAGCCAUGAUAUAAUCUAUUGCCAAAGAGCUUUGAAGGCUCACAUCAAGGUUCAUCAGAUGGUUUUGGAUGUUUUUCAACAACAGCCCGAUGCAGAUCCUCAACAAAAGAAACGUAUACUGGAUGAGUUGGAAGGUGAAAUUUAUGAAAUUAAUGCCGAACAGAAUUUUCUCUUCUUACGUCUUAGGCGUAUUAUAGAUGAGUUUAUGAAAAUGUUAAAGAAAAAUGACAUACCCACAGAUUCCAAUACCACUAAUGCCUUUGUCUCCAAAGAACUUGUGCCCUUAAUUAAUGAUCCCACUUUGGAAAUUAUACCGACAACUGUGAUCAUACGUAACACAGAGGAGAAAUUGAUAGAGAAAUAUUUUGAAGUUCAAAAGGAUACAAAACCUGAACCGGUUUAUGAUAAUAUGGAAAUUAUAGAGUUAGAUGAUGAUGAGGAGUCUAAGAUGGUGGAGCAGAAAUUUAGUAAAGCUUAUGGUCAUAGCCGUUUUGGUAAUAGAAAAGAGCAUUUGAUUAAUGUAGGAGGAGUAGGAGGCUUAAUGGGUGAAAGUUUAUUGAAAAAUUUACAGGCCAAUAUGGCUGCUCAGCCGUCAUUGUUGAAACCUUUUAAUCAAAGAAUGACUAAUGAUUUGAUGACUUUGGAUGUUAAGCCCAAUCUUAAUAAACCGGUAAAAACUUUGGGUGAUCUUUAUAAGCGAAAAAAGGAGGAGAAAUUGAUUAAUCAAAGAAUGGCACAGGAAUUGAUGGCGGUGGAUGUUAAGCCUAAUAUUAUUAAGCCGGUCAAAACUUUGGGUGAUCUUUAUCAACAGAAAAAAGAGGAAAAGGAGAAGACCAUUGAGUUGCCAGUAUCCACAAAUGUUAAAAUGAGUCGUAUGAAUUUGAGACAAGCUUUAAAGCGUGCUCAAGCUCAAGUAAGAGGACCUAUUGCUGCCUCUAUACCAGCACCACCACCACCGCCACCACCAGUAGCACCGGUAGCAGUAGCAGUAGCAGCUUCAGCGGAAGUUGUUAAGAAAUCUAAUGUGGGUAGAACUAGAGCUACACGUGCUGCUGUUGCUGCCGCCGCUGCAGCUGCUGUCAAUACAGCUUCAUCUGGUGCCCAAAAAUCACCCGAAAGAAGUUCUUCAUCUGAGGAAGGUACCCCGGAACGUGGACAUACUCCUCCACAUAAUUAUUGGCCCGAUGAAUUUGAAGAGACUCGUACUAAAGCCGAAGAAUAUGGUCAAGAAAUGUUUUUGAGAUUAUUCGAUUUAUUUACACCCGAAAUACAUGCUCAAUUGCAGCAGAGACGUUCAAAGCGACGCAGACGUUGUGUACAGAAUAAUAGUUAUCAUUAUGGCAGACUUGAGCAUCUUCCUGCCACCACACAAACUGAACCAGAUAAUAAAAAGAAACGCAAAAACUUUCUUCUAUCACCUCAGGUUAAAAAAGCCUUGCCAGCAAAACGUACUAAAAGACGUAGUGCCGAUAAUGUGUCUGAAACAAAUUCAGCACCACCCUCACGUUCGACCUCUAGUUCACCCGAUGAAAAACGUUCAUGUAAUGAAUGCUUAAAAACCGGUACGAAUCUAGAACAAUGUGAAGAAUGUAAAUUAUAUUAUCAUCCACAAUGUCAUCGUGAAGACGAUGAUGUUAUGAUUGUAGAAGAUCCUAAAGAAAACUUAAAUGAUUUGAAAAAAUGUCCAGGCUGUAAACGUAAACAUGAUAAGGCCAUUAAAGAAGAACUUAUAAUACACCGUAGAUUACAAAGUUGUGCCCAAGAUUUGGAAUUACAAUUGGCUAAAGAGAAAGAUCGUAAUGAAAUUUUACAACGUACUGGCAAAUCCUAUAAAAUACAAAUGAAUAAUAUUUUUAAAAUUGUCAAUUCUUUUAAAACUGAAACAACAUCUACCUCUCAAUCAUCUGCCAUUGAAAAUAUGAUCUAUGACGUCGAUGAAAUUAUGUAGAAGAUGAUGAUGUCAUACUAAUUGUAAAUUGCUGUUUAUAAACUUGUGGUUUAUAGCAACAAUAAUAAUUUGUAGAAUAUUAAGUUUUUUUAAAUAACACUAUUAUUUUAUAGUUGUUAAGUUCUUUCAGAAUUAAAUAGUUUUAUUGUAUCAAUUAUAAAAUUUACAAAAUAUGUAAAUCUUAUAUGUUGUUUCUAGAUACCAUGUGAGUAGAUUGAGUUAAAAUUUUGUAUUUUGUUUUUGUUACAAUAACAAAAUACAAGUUAAAUUUGUACUUUAUCUAGAAACAACCCAUUAAACUGUAAAACGUUUAAUUGUGAUUGUUAAUUAAGUUUUGAAUCCUUUAAUACCAUAUUGUUUUUUCUUAGUUUUAGUUUAACCCCAAGUUCUUUUAAAUUCAUCUAUUAAAUGCUUAAAAAACAAUGUUAAUUUAUCAUGUUUAUCAACUAAUCUUUAUUAAUUUUUUUUAGAUUUUAAGUUGUCUUAUUACUGCCUUAUUCAUAACAAUUUAUCAAAGGUUUAUAGAACAAAUUUAAUAUAAAAAAAUAGAAUUAUAAACCAUUGAUAAAUUGUUAUGAAUAAAAGGCCCUAAAUCUUUUUUGUUUUUUAAUAAAAUAUGAAAAGUGUUUUUUUUUUCCUUUUUU